AUGUCUUCAUCAGGAUACCACGCCCACGGACUGGAGUUGUCAGAGCCUACGCGAGAGGAGUUACCGGAGCAGAAUGAUCCGCAAGCCAGACAGCAUGAAUUGGGAAGAGCUGACAAUAUGCUUCAUUCAGCGUCGAUGGGUUAUGACCAGGAAGCAGUCCCACAAGAAGAUGAUGUUUGUACAUUGACAGAGAGAAAUUUCACAAGGCCUCCAAUGUUGUUUCCAGUAUGCGACCAAGUUCAAACAGUGCGAAGCCCGAGUGAGCAGACCCAGUUGCAACAAGACACGAAAGGUGUUGCAGCCACAAGCAGAGAGCUUGACAGUUCUCCAUUACCGUCUGGCGAAUUGGUGACAUCUACAACAAAUCAACCAGCGGAAGAUUCGACUCAACUUUCAGUCCAAGAUACACUGUAUCCCGAUGCCGGCCAGGCCUUGGAAACGGCCUCGCCCGCCAACUACGUGGCGGCGAGCACGACCACACAGUUGGCGCCAAUGAUUUUGCCAGACUUGGAAAUCGACGAUGAGGCCUAUGCAGAGAGCAUCAGUACCAGUUACGUAUCGUCAAUUGCAUCCGAGAUAUCGCGAGGCAUCCUGGAAAACGAAAGACUAUACCCACAAUAUGGAAAACACAGCUAUGGCAUGCCGAUUGACGAGGCGGAGAUGGACCGUAUGGACCUCCAACAUCGCAAAUAUGAACUGGUGAUUGGCGAUAGACACUUUCUUGCUCCUAUUGGUGACAGCCCGCAAAGAAUCCUUGAUUUGGCCACGGGCACGGGCAUCUGGGCGCUCGACGUGGCCGACAUGUUUCCAUCCGCACAAGUUCUAGGAGUGGACAUUGCACCUAUUCAACCGAGAUGGGUUGCUCCAAAUUGUUCAUUUGAGAUUGAUGACAUCGAAGAUACUUGGACUUACCGAAUCGACAGCUUUGAUUUCAUUCAUUUGCGCGAUCCGCUGUACAUGGUGCGGGACUGGCCAAAACUGAUGCGGCAAGCCUAUGAGCAUAUCAAACCUGGAGGAUGGUGUGAGCUGGCAUCAGUCUAUCCUCGUGUCAUGUGCGACGAUGGAUCAAUGCCGGACGACUCGAUGUUCAAGUUCAUCUGUGACAAAUUCAUUGAGGCGUCAUAUGGCAUGGGAGCACCCUUGGACAGUUGUUUGCGUUUCGCAGAAUACCUACGAGAUGCGGGAUUCGUCGAUGUGGUCGAACAUAUCUUCAAGAUGCCGUCGUCCCCAUGGCCGAAGGAUAAACGGCUCAAGAAGAUUGGGGCAUUGGAGAUGACCAACCUGGUCGAAGGAGCUUCGGCUUUUGGGCUGAGAGUGUUCUCCCAUACAUAUGGAUGGACCCGAGAAGAGACUGAGCUGGCCAUGGUUGGCUUCAGAAGAGAUGUGAAGAAUCGAAAUCAUCAUCAAUACGUGCGAUACUAUGUGGUAUACGGUCGGAAGCCGUAG